AUGGCCGCCGCCGCCGCCGCGGUCGCCCACCUCUCCGUCCACGGCCGCCUCCGCCGCUCUCCGGAGCAUCGUCCGUCCACCACCACCACUACCACCACCUCCUCCUCCUCACCCGCCCACCGGCCGUCCCUCCUGCGGUGCCGCGCGUUCAAGCAGGAAACCGACGGCGGCGACCGCGACAGCGACCCGUCCGAGCACGACGCGCGGAAGCGCAGGAAGGGCCCGCUCUACAAGCUCAAGGCGGCGAUCCAGGGCCUCGCGGGCUCCCGCUCCGCCGCCGCGGAGGUCUACGGGGGAGAGCACCAGUACCAGCGCGCCGUCGAGAAGGCGGAGGAGAUCUUCUUCUCGGUUGCUACUCAGCUAGGCAGAUAUGCUAUCACUAUGAUGAGCAGUGGUGUUGUACUUGGGGUUGGAUUUCAGCUGUCAGGUGGAGACAGCCAAAUGAACGAACUGAUUUGGUAUAGCUGGCUUGGUGGGGUGAUUAUCGGUACAAUGAUAGGUGCAAACAGUGUCCUGGAGGAACACUGCAAAGCUGGACCUCGCAAUGUCGUCAUAACUGGGAGCACAAGAGGGUUAGGAAAAGCACUUGCUCGUGAGUUUCUUCUUUCUGGAGACCAUGUUGUAAUUACUUCACGAAGUCCUGAAUCAGUCCUUCAGACUAUAAAAGAACUUGAAGAGAACAUACAGGAAGGGUUAUCAGUAGCCAAAAAGAAAGAGAGGAAAAUUUUAUCCCAUGCCAAGGUUGUUGGUACAGCUUGUGAUGUCUGUAAACCUGAAGAUGUGAAGAAAUUAGUGAAUUUUUCUAUUAAUGAGCUUGGCUCAGUUGACAUUUGGAUAAAUAAUGCUGGCACAAAUAAAGGUUUUAGGCCACUGGUAACCUUUUCAGACGAUGACAUCACCCAGAUCGUCUCAACAAACCUAGUUGGCUCUCUACUGUGCACCAGAGAAGCCAUGAAUGUCAUGCAAUACCAAGAGAAAGGAGGCCAUAUAUUUAACAUGGAUGGAGCCGGUUCUGGAGGAUCAAGCACACCACUGACAGCUGUCUAUGGUUCAACUAAAUGUGGACUAAGGCAGUUCCAAGGAUCACUUCUGAAGGAAAGCAGAAGAUCAAAAGUUGGAGUGCACACUGCCUCACCUGGUAUGGUCCUCACAGACCUUCUUUUAAGUGGUUCAUCCAUCAGAAAUAAACAAAUGUUCAAUUUAAUAUGUGAGCUUCCAGAAACAGUAGCCAGAACAUUGGUUCCAAGGAUGAGAGUUGUAAAAGGAAGUGGAAAGGCAAUCAACUACUUAACACCACCAAGGAUCUUGCUUGCUUUGGUUACUGCAUGGGUUCGACGGGGCCGAUGGUUUGAUGACGAGGGGAGAGCAGUGUAUGCAGCUGAGGCUGAUAGAAUUCGCAACUGGGCUGAAAGUCGAGCACGCUUCUCUUUCACCGAUGCCAUGGAGAUGUACACGGAAAACACAUGGGUUUCGGUAUUCUCACUCUCCGUGGUCUGUGCGUUCAUUAUUCUUUCCAGCUCAGGUGGACCUCUUCCAGGCACAUGA